AUGUCGGCAGAGCAUGGUGUUAGGCUGGAGGGAGGAGAGAGUCGCUGUGCAGGAGACCUGGAGAUGGAACAUGAGGGAGAAUGGAGACCAGCGGUCGCCUUUUUCUCUCUCUGGACCCUGAAGGCAGCAGGAGUCGUCUGCAGAGAGCUGGACUGUGGCUCUGCUGUUUCUGUGGGACAGAGAGAGGAGUCCUCAGAGAGACCUGUGUGGGUGAUCAGCUCUGACUGUGUUGAGUCUGGAUCUGCUCUGAGGGAGUGUGCACAAUCAUCUUCCUCUAGAGACAUCCUGACUCUCACCUGCUCAGACUCUGUCAGGCUGCUGGGGGGGACUGGUCUGUGCUCAGGCAGACUGGAGGUGAACUCUGACCAGUCUAACCAGUCUAACCCGUCCUGGUCCUCAGUGUGUGAGGCUGACUUUGACCAGCAGGAUGCUCAGGUGGUCUGCCGGCAGCUGGGCUGUGGGGCUCCUUCAGUCCUCCAGGGGGCGCUCUAUGGAGAAGGGGAGGCUCCAAUGUGGACCAAAGAGUUCCAGUGUGGAGGCCAUGAGUCUGCUCUCCUGGACUGUAGCUCAGCCUCAGAGAGAAACACCUGCUCACCUGGCACAGCUGUUAGCCUCACCUGCUCAGAGCCUGGUGGUGUUAAGCUGGAGGGAGGAGAGAGUCGCUGUGCAGGAGACCUGGAGCUGGAACAUCUGGGAGAAUGGAGACCAGUGAGGGGCCCUCUCUGGACCCUGAAGGAAGCAGGAGUCGUCUGCAGAGAGCUCGACUGUGGCUCUGCUGUUUCUGUGGGACGGAGAGAGGAGUCCUCACAGAGACCUGAGUGGAGGAUCAGCUCUGACUGUGUUCAGUCUGGAUCUGCUCUGAGGGAGUGUGCAGCAUCAUCUUACUCUCCCUACUUCCUGACUCUCACCUGCUCAGAUAAGCUGUUUCAGCCCAACAUCUCUGUGUCCUCCUCCAUGUACGGGGUCUCCGGGGCCCAGCAGCAGGGGUUCCAGGUGUUUAGCGGCUUCACCUUCACCAUCAGUUGCUCCAUCCAGCCUCAGUACCUAGGAGGCUCCUUCCUGCUCAGCUCCUCCACUCACAACUACACCCAGCCAGCUGUCAAUCACUCUGCCCACUUCCUGUUCCCGGCUGCAGAGCCCGCCCACCAGGGAAACUACAGCUGUGUUUAUGUCUCUGCUUUUUCUCAGGACUUCUCCUCUGAGAGCCGUGUGCUCUCCGUCACCGUCACAGAUCCAGGACCUUUUAUCAUCCGAGCCGUCGUCCUGCCGCUGACUCUGCUGCUGGUGCUGCUGGUGACCGUCGGCCUUUACUUCUACUGUAAGGCCACCAGGGGGCAGAGGCCGAGCCGACAGGAGGACAUUGAGCUGGAUUACCUGGGUGUUCCUGCUGAAGAGGAAGGAGCUCAGGGAGCAGAGUAGCAGCUCCAAGGAGCUCCUCUCACACACAUGGGUUUAUCAGCUCUUAUAGCUUUUAACCAACGUUAGAAAAUAUAGCUUUCACUCUGAAAGUCACCAGCAAUGUGUUCGUGCCUCAUGUUUCCUGACUUCCUGUCAGCUCCAAGCCAAUUGGUUCCCACUGAAGAUGAAGAUCUUUAAAAAACAUCACAAGUUAGUUUUAUUUUUAAAAGUCAAUGCAGUCGGUGCAGUUUGAAACCAGACACACCAACCCAGGCCGCUCAGGAACAAAGUUGGCCAAUGAAUGCCAUAUAUUAAUGUUCAAAUAUCCUCUAAAAACAGUGUUACAAUACCCAGUGUUUGAAUCUAAUGUAGUGAUUCCUGAGAUAACAGGAGGAACGCGUUACAGCGCCACCUAGUGUUAGAUUUGUAGACCUCGAGCACAACAAGGGUUUUUGUUAUUCAAUCAACAAAUAAGACAAAGUACAGUUUUAAAAUGUUACGUUUUUCACAACAAUUCAUCUGAUCAGCGAGAUAGGAUAUUUGAUCCCCUUGUGGGUCACAUGGGUCCUUUUAGCAGCAGGGCCAGAUUUAGCUGAACAAUAUACAAAUAGGAAUUGAACAAAAGUAAAUAGUCCAAACACUUCUUAUUUCAUAACAAUGCAGAUGUUUUUUUUAUUGAAAAAUGUGAUUUCAGUUGAAUUUAGCUUGAUUUUAGUCUGAAGAGAUUGUUUGUAUAAAAAAAAGAAGCUUUUUCAGAGAAAUCCGAUUAUAUUUGUAAUUUGCCAAAAAGUAUAAGAUUGUAACUUUUCUUCAAAGUUCUUAUUUCACAUGUACUGAGCUCAGUUUGUAAUCAUUUUCAAUCAUUCAGUAUUUUUCUUACGUUAUAUCAUUUUUGAUGGUAUUUCUCUGUAUUUUGUAGUAAUUUAGCUGUUUUUAAGAACUCCACCUAUUGGAGAGCAUUCCCAAAUUCAUAAGAUAUUAAAUACUAACAUGUUGUAAUUAAAAAUGUACAUAAUUUGGUAGAAGUUUCCUUUUUAAAAGGUAAUGUGCUUUGUUAUGUGAUCAAGAAAUGUGCAUGUUUUUGUAUUAUUGAGGAUUGUACUUAUUUCACAAGAUGAUCAAUAAUAUGUAAUCAUUACUUUUUGGACUUUUAUGAAACAUUUUGAAUUUCUUUUGAAUUUCACUUUUUUCAAAGAAUUCAGAUUAUUUUUGUGUUUUAGGAUUUUCCCAAAUUCAGGAGACUAAUUAUUUCGUACUUAAAAUGUUAACAUUGUCCGUAAACAAGUGUUGUGAUUUUGGAACCGAGAAAUGUUUUUGCUUCAUAAGAAUUUUGAUUGAU